CAGUACCUGCAGAGCAUGUACUUUGAGCGUUUUCUGCAGUGGAAGAUGGUAGAGAGACAGCCCGUUACCAAACACACCUUCAGACAGUACAGGAUGCUGGGCAAGGGAGGCUUCGGGGAGGUGUGGGCAUGCCAGGUGCGAGCCUCUGGGAAGAUGUAUGCGUGUAAGAAGCUGGAGAAGACUCACAUGAAGAAGAGGAGAGGAGAGGCCAUGGCCCUCAACGAGAAACAGAUACUGGAAAAACUCAACAGCAGAUUUGUGGUGAGUCUGGCAUAUGCGUAUGAGACCAAACGAUCUCUUUGUCUGGUGCUAAGCAUGAUGAACGGAGGAGACCUGCGGUUCCACAUCUAUAACAUGGGUCCUCCAGGCCUGCAGCCGGCCAGGGUCCAGUUCUAUGCUGCUGAGGUCUGCUGUGGUCUCCACCACCUCCACCAGAGGAACAUUGUCUACAGGGAUCUAAAACCGGAGAACAUACUUCUGGAUGACAAUGGGCACAUCCGUAUCUCAGACCUGGGCCUGGCGGUGAAGCUAUCUGAGGGGAAUCUGGUACGAGGCAGGGUGGGGACCCUGGGUUACAUGGCUCCAGAGGUGAUUGGCCAUGAGUACUACGGGAUAAGCCCUGAUUGGUGGGGCCUGGGCUGCCUUGUGUACGAGAUGACGGCCGGACGAUCCCCGUUCAAAAGACAAGGGGAGCAAUUGACGGAAAAGGAGAUGGAGAGAAGGAUACAGGAGACAGAAGAGGAGUACAGGAAGACAUUUAGCAGCGAGACAGAAGACUUCUGCCGCUCUCUGUUGACCAAAGACCCGAGACAGAGGUUGGGGUGUCGAAGGUGUGGGGUGGAAGGGGUCAAGUCCCAUCCCUUCUUCAGCACCAUCAACUUCAGGAGGCUGGAGGCCGGAGUCAUUGAGCCACCCUUCAAACCGAAUCCCAGGGCGGUGUACUGCAAGGAUGUUCGGGACAUUGAUGAGUUCUCCACAGUAAAAGGAGUCAUUUUGGAGAGGACAGACAACGACUUCUACACCAAGUUUAACACAGGCUGCGUGGCCAUACCCUGGCAGACAGAGAUGAUAGAGAUGGGUUGUUUCAAGGAGCUGAAUGUGUUUGGCCUUCAGGGUUCUAGACCCCCUGACCUGGACUGGGACCAGAAUCCUGCCCCAGAGAAACCUAAACGUAGCCUGCUGGACCGCAUCUUCCACAAGACACACACCUGUUGAUGGAUGGGCUUCCUCAAACCCUCUCACCACUGCAACUUUUGUUGUAAAUGAGAACAUUCCCUCAAAUCAGCUUACCCGGUGUAGAGUAAAAUGAAUAUAUAUGAAUAAUUUGUUGGUGUUGAUGAUCAUUCAGCACACUGAUCAAUACACAGAUCAACCAGUCAGUACUG